AUGCUAAAAAAUAAAUACUUUUCAAAGACUUUUGUUGGACUACAUAUGUGCAAUUCUUGUCGACGAUCGAUUUACGAGAAAAGAAGUGAAUCAAAGUAUAAAGUCUUUCUUUCUAACCGAAAAACUCAAAAUAAAAUCGUUGGCGAAGAAUGUGACUCUGCAGAUCCUGAACAAGACGAAAAAGGUGAUCCAACGUUUCAAUAUGGAGAACCUUCAAAAAAACUUUCUCACAAAGAAAAUCAAAUGUGUAGUAAAUUAUUAGGUGAAAAAAACUGUACUGUUGAUAAUGACUUGGAAACUUUGUACAUUCGUGACAUAAAAGCUGCUCUAUCUCAGCAAUCCAACCGAUCUGGAAAAAUACAAAUUUUGACAACUAUCCCGCAACAUUGGACCAUUGCAAAAAUGAGAAAAGAAUUCGAAGUGUCACGCCGAAUGGCAUCAAAAGCAAAAAAAUUAAGAAAAGAAUCUGGGCAUGGAUCUCGACCAAAUAAAAAAGCAGGGCGUAAGCUUUCAAACACGACUGUGAGUGCAGUGAAACUUUUUUAUCUCUCCGAUGAUAACAGCCGUGUCAUGCCUGGAAUGAAAGAUUACAUAUCAAUUGUUAAAGAUGGAAAACGAAGCCAAAAGCAGAAAAGGUUGCUUCUCUUCAAUCUCAUUGAUUUGCAUAAGCAGUUUAACGAGAAGUUUCCUGAAAUGCCGAUUUGUCUAGCAAAAUUCAGGCAGUUAAGACCUCAAGAAUGUAUUUUGGCUGGUAAAAGCGGUACACACAACGUUUGCGUGUGUAAAAUUCACCAAAAUAUGAAAUUAAAAAUACGCGGCCUGAUGCAAGAACUGAAAAUAAAAGGAGCUAAUUUCACCGACACAUAUCAAGAUUUAAUAAAAAAUUCAGUCUGUGAGAAUCCAUCAUCGAAUUGCUUUUUUUCUAUCUGUGAAGAGUGUCCAAAAACUGAGUGUGUUAUUAAAAAACUAAAAAUUAUCCUCGAAGAAAAUUAUGUGAAGGAAGUAAAAUUCAGUCAGUGGGCGAACACCGACAGGUGCGAAAUUUCACAAAAGACUGAAAGCAGAGACGAGUUUUUGUGUAAUUUAGCCAACGACUUACCGAUCUUAAUGAGACACAAUUUUCUUGCAGUGUCUCAAGCUUCGUAUUUUAGCCAAAUUAAGAAUAACGUUAAGGAAGGGGAAUUCGUUAUAAGCAUGGAUUUUGCAGAAAAUUACACAUUUCAUGUGCAAAAUGCCAUUCAGGCCCAUCAUUGGUCCAAUACUCAGGCUACUCUCCAUCCGAAAAUUAAGCAAAAUAAUUUAUGUUCCUCAAAUAACUUAAAUGCUGAAAAUAUUCACUUCGUUGAGUAUUCUGCUCUAGCAGGUUUAGCUUUGACAAUUUCGGAAACUUUUAAUUAA